AUGAGAGAACUGCAGGUAAUACGAGUGCAAUUAUAUUUAUGUGUGACUUGUGUUUUUGUUGUAAAUCUUCUAGCUGUGUCACUGUCUCAAAUAUGGACGCUGGACCGUCAGACCUUCCAGUCCAUUAUGAUGCGGACCGCACAAGCCAGACAUGAGGAGUACUUUAGCUUUUUACGCAGUGUCUCUCUGCUGCAAGAUCUGCCUGAGGAAAAACUGGCUAGAAUUGUUGAUUGCCUUGAAGUGGAUUAUUUUGAAAAAGGAGAGUACAUCAUUCGAGAAGGUGAAGAAGGGAAUACGUGCUUUAUUAUUUCAAAAGGAGAGGUUAUAGUCACCCAAAGCACAGAGGGAUUUGCUGCACCUCAGGAAAUCAAAACUUUGGGAGUCGGGGACUACUUUGGAGAAAAAGCUCUCAUCAGUGAGGAUGUCCGCUCAGCCAACAUCAUCUGCAAUGAGAAUGACACACAGUGCCUAGUAGUGGACAGAGACAAUUUCAACCAGAUGGUGGGAACUUAUGAGGAGCUUCAGGCUUAUCUAAAAGAAUAUGUGAAAGAGCUCUCCAGGUGUGAUGAAAAGAGAAAUGCCCUGUGAGUACCUGAGCCACAUUCACAUCAGAUUGAUUCUGCAGAGACACAGGAACUACAAAAGCUGAGGGAGAGAGUUGCUGAGCUGCCGACACACCAGCCUUUCAAAGAGCUUGAAGUCAUAGCUACGCUGGGUGUGGGAGGGUUUGGACGAGUGGAGCUGGUGAAGCUUAAGGAUGAAAAUAUCACAUUUGCUCUGAAGUGCAUUAAAAAGAAGCACAUUGUGGACACCAGACAACAGGAGCACAUCUACUCUGAGAAAAACAUCCUUCAGCAAAUAAACUCAACAUUUAUCAUAAGGUUGUUUCGAACGUUUCGUGACAACAAGUUUGUUUACAUGCUUCUGGAAGUUUGUCUUGGUGGAGAGCUGUGGACUGUGCUGCGGGACAUGUGUUAUUUUGAUGAGCCAACAACCAGGUUCUGUACAGGUUGUGUCUUGGAAGCCUUUGAUUAUCUCCACACUAUGGGCAUUGCUUAUAGAGACCUAAAGCCUGAAAACCUUUUACUGGACGCAGAAGGUUACAUCAAAAUGACAGACUUUGGCUUUGCUAAAAAGAUUGGCAUUGGAAAAAAGACCUGGACAUUCUGCGGUACUCCAGAGUAUGUGGCACCAGAAGUCAUCAUGAACAAAGGCCAUGAUUUUGGGGCUGAUUGUUGGUCUUUGGGAAUCCUCAUCUUUGAACUUCUCACUGGAAACCCUCCUUUUUCUGGCUCAGACCCCAUAAAGAUUUACACUAUGGUCCUCCAUGGCAUUGAGAAAGUGGAUUUUCCUAAGAAAAUAGGCAAGCGACCAGACGACCUCAUCAGAAGACUGUGCAAGUUAAAUCCAGUGGAGAGGCUGGGAAACAAAAAGAACGGUGUAUCGGACAUCAAGAAGCACAAAUGGUUUCAAGGCUUUAAUUGGGAUGGUCUGAGAUGUCGCCAGCUGCUGUCUCCACUAAAGAGAGAGCUGAAAGGCCCGAUGGAUCACAAUUAUUUUGAUGCUUUCCCACCUGACACCGAGGAACCCCCUGAUGAACUGUCUGGCUGGGAUAAAGACUUCUGAGAAUCCCGAGCACCGACUUUA